AUGAAUAGCAAGAUGGAAAAUGAGCCAACUAAAUUUGAUUUGCAUGAUCAAAAAAAUACUAAUGUGAAUCAAUAUCCAUUGACCAAUCAUUUGGAUGUUGCAACAGAUAGAAGCAACAUCAAUGCGUCCUAUGCAACAGAACUACCAUCUUAUUCAUCAUGUAUUCAACAACCGAUUGAUAGUAUUGGCUAUGUAGCACCUAGUGUGCAAUACUAUGAGCAAACACCCUUAUAUUCACAACAAUGUGUCGUUGUUGUUGUUGUACAAACGAAUACUACAUUAUGGAGAACUAAAAUAUCGACCAAAAUAACGCCUGAUCUUAGAGUAUUUUUUAUCCUUUCAGGUACCAUUUAUUUUAUUUUGAGUUUAUCAACUAUUGGUUUAGAAGUUACUAUCAUCCUUAAAUCUCACUGGACUGUAUAUCGUGGUAUCUGGGCAAGUGGUUUUCUUUUAAGUGGAAGUAUUUCCAUGUUUAUUAUUGCUUGUCGAACAUCGUAUUCAAUGAUUUAUUUGAUUAUAUUGCUUGUUGCUAUUUUUGUAUCAUCUUUAUUUGGUCUUAUUUUAUCUGCUGCCAAUUCUGGAAUAUCAACAGGUUGCUCUUCAACCUUUUCAUAUGGAAAUUUAUGUGACAAAAAAUUAAUAAGCUCAUUUAAAAUAAUCAUUUUGGUGGUAUUUAUUGUUGCUUCUAUUCAUACUCUGAUUGAUUUAAUAGUUAUUGGUCAUGUGCAUAAAAAGACAGUCUUGCAACAAAUUGUAUUGACAAACUCGAAUCAUUAA